UCAUCAUUCUCAACAGUCAACGCUGCCCGCCCCACUCACCGCAUCCACAACAAGAACGCCAUCCCAAAAGCUUUAGACGAUGGAGCUCAUCACCUUGCUAUGCUACCUAUAACCUAUAGCUAGUGCGGCCUAAGACUGCUGCCAUUGAGGAGCCCGCGACUUCAUCUCACUUUGCACAGCUGCAGCGCGCGCCGCCGCCAUGCAGCUCGCCGCUCUGUGCACCGACCCCGUCGUGCUCUCCUGCACCUUCCUGUGCCUCCUGCUCCACCUUGCGCUCCGCCGCUCCCUGAGCCGCAGCUCCCGGCUCCCGCCGGGGCCUCCUGGCGUUCCCAUUCUCGGCGCGAUGCCGUUCGUCGGCCCGGCCCCGCACACCGGCCUCGCGGCGCUGGCGCGCAAGUACGGCCCCGUCAUGUACCUGCGGAUGGGCACCUGCGGCGUGGUGGUGGCCUCGUCGCCGUCGGCCGCGCGGACGUUCCUCAAGGCGCUGGACGCGCGCUUCGCGAACCGGCCGGCGGUGGCCAGCGCGGCGGACAUCACCUACGGGCGCCAGAACAUGGUGUUCGCCGACUACGGGCCCAAGUGGAAGCUGAUGCGGAAGCUGGCGAGCGUGCACCUGCUCGGGGCGCGCGCGGUCGCGGACUGGGCUUGCGUGCGCCGCGACGAGGCGGGGCGCGCCCUGCGCGGCAUGGCGGAGGCCGCCGAGGCCGGGCGGGCCGUGGUGGUGCCGGAGGUGCUGGUGUGCGCGCUGGCCAACAUCGUGGGGCAGAUCGCGGUGAGCAGGCGGGUGUUCGACGCGCAGGGCGACGAGUCGAGCAGCUACAAGGAGAUGAUCGUGUCGCUGCUGACCGGCACGGGGCUGUUCAACAUCAGCGACUUCGUGCCGGCGCUGUCGCGGCUGGACCUGCAGGGGGUGCAGGCCAGGCUGCGCCGGGUGCACCGCCAGUUCGACGGGCUCAUCACCAAGCUGCUGGCGGAGCACGCGGCGACGGCCGAGGACCGCGCCCGGGAGGGCCGGCUCGACUUCGUGGACAGGCUCCGCGCCAGCAGCAACGACGAGGACGACAACGACGGCGAGACCAUCACCGAGGUCAACAUCAAGGGCCUCAUCUUCGACAUGUUCACGGCCGGCACGGACACGUCGUCGAUCAUCGUGGAGUGGGCAAUGGCGGAGAUGAUCAACAAUCCGUCUAUCAUGGCGCGUGCCCAGGAGGAGAUGGACCGUGUCAUCGGCCGUGACCGCCGCAUCGAGGAAUCCGACAUCGCCAACCUCCCCUACCUGCAGGCCAUAUGCAAAGAGGCCAUGCGGCUCCACCCGUCCACGCCGCUCAGCCUGCCGCACUUCUCCUUCGAGGAGUGUGAGGUGGACGGCCACCACGUCCCCGCCAACACGCGGCUCCUCAUCAACAUCUGGGCCAUCGGCCGUGACCCGGCGGCGUGGGAGGACCCCCUGGAGUUCCGGCCGGAGCGGUUCCUGUCCGGGCCGGCGGCCAAGAUCGACCCCAUGGGGAACAACUUCGAGCUGAUCCCGUUCGGCGCCGGCAGAAGGAUAUGCGCCGGGAAGCUGGCCGGAAUGGUGUUUGUGCAGUACUUCCUCGGGACGCUGGUGCACGCGUUCGAGUGGAGGCUGCCGGAGGGCGAGGAGAAGGUGGACAUGGCUGAGACCUUCGGUCUGGCGCUCCCCAAGGCCGUCCCGCUCAAGGCCAUCGUCACCCCGCGGCUCGUGCCGGCCGCCUACACGUGAUUGUUCGUGUUUCUGGAGUUCAGUGUAGUGUUUUAUGUUGGGUCUGACCCAAGCUUUGUGUGCUGCAUGCUUCGAACAUUUGCCCUCCUCGCAAAAAUUAAAUCACCAGUUUUAAGAUGCCAAAAAGUACAUUUGCCUCUUUUUUUUAGUGUUGUUUCAUGACAACUUUUUGGAGAAUACUAGUAGUUCCCGAAAAUGCUGUUGAUUGUUUUUCCUUUUGCUCUCACUGACAGUUGGGAUCUCUACUCCUCAAAAGGGAAGUCCCCUUUACUUGUGAGUACAUAAAGUUCAAAUAAAUUCAUAUUUUUAGUUGACGUUUGUGGUACACAUUGAUGAA